AUGCUGGACUCAGUCGAAGCAGUAGAUCUUACUCAAUUAAAUGCAGUUGCUGCAGGUACAAACAAGAAGACCCCUAGAAUUGUGGCCGCUGGUCUCGGGGGUAAAUUAAUGGGUACCAAAUCUUUAGUUGAUGCAACAGCUGAAGAAAUUUCCAAACAAUCUUUACAAGAUUUUGCUAAGAUUACUGGUCAACAACGUAAGGAAGAAGGAGCUGCCUCCACCGUUGAUAAGGAUUCUAAGUUACACAUUUCCGAACAACCUUGGAAUGCUAACAACUGGUGGAAGCAUAUCAACUGGUUGAACUUUAUCUUGGUGGUUGCUGUUCCGUUGUAUGGUUUGUACCAUGCUUGUAUCUAUAUUCCUCCAGUGAAGACACUUGUUAUGGCGUUUAUUCUAUAUGUUUUUUCUGGUAUUUCCAUUACAGCUGGUUACCAUCGUUUGUGGGCUCACAAGGCUUACGACGCUGCCCUUCCAGUUAGACUUUUCUUUGCCUUCUUUGGUGCUGGUGCCGUCGAAGGUUCCAUUAAAUGGUGGGGUCACUCACACAGAAUUCACCAUAGAUACACCGAUACCCACAGAGAUCCUUAUGAUGCUCGUAGAGGGUUCUGGUACUCCCACAUGGGUUGGAUGUUACAAAUUGCUAACCCUAAAUACAAAGCUAGAGCUGAUAUCUCUGAUUUGACCAGCGAUUGGAUUAUUCGUGUUCAACAUCGUCACUACUUGCUCUUUAUGGUACUUUCUGCUGUUGUUUUCCCAACUGUUGUUGCCGGCUUAGGAUGGGGUGACUGGUGGGGUGGUUUCAUCUGGGGUGGUUUGGUUAAGGCUUUUGUCAUCCAACAAGCUACUUUCUGUGUUAACUCAUUGGCUCACUGGAUUGGUACUCAACCAUUCGAUGACCGUCGUACUCCAAGAGAUCAUGCUUUGACUGCACUUGUCACCUUUGGUGAAGGUUACCACAACUUUCACCAUGAAUUCCCCUCAGAUUACCGUAAUGCCUUGAAGUGGUACCAAUACGAUCCAACUAAGGUUACCAUCUGGGCCUUGUCUAAACUUGGAUUGGCGUACAACUUGAGAACAUUCUCUCAGAAUGCCAUUGAACAAGGUCUUUUGCAACAACAACAAAAGAAGUUAGACCGUCUUAAGCACAAGUUAAGCUGGGGUACUCCAGUUGAUGAAUUGCCAGUUUGGGACCGUGACACUUUCAAUGCAAAGGGUAAGGAAAACGGUUUACUUAUUGUAUCAGGUAUCGUUUAUGACGUCAAGAAGUUUAUUGGUCAACAUCCUGGUGGUCAAGCUUUGGUUCGUGCAUCUUUAGGAAAGGAUGCCACAACUGCAUUCAAUGGUGGUGUUUACGCCCACUCAAAUGCAGCACACAACUUGUUGGCCGGUAUGAGAAUUGCUGUUAUCAAGGAUGCUGAAGUACAUGGUAACACCUUUGCUGUCCAAGAAUUAUACAUGGGCAAGAAGAAGGACAUUUAA